UUUCCUCUCUCUUCCUACUCUUUGUGACAAACAGCGCAGCUAACUGAGGAGCACACAUCAUCCCCAGUCACAAGUAGGAGUAGCAAAGCAUAGACACCAACAUCAACAUGGCAGAAUGCGCUCAUGGAACUUCCCUCCAGCAGCCUAGAGGUGUCUAAAACACCGAGGAUACACAGCGUUGAGCACGUCAGCACGGUCCUCCUCGCCGGCAAGUGUGGAGCAAAGGGUGAAGGAGCAGACGGAACUCCGACAAGUCAAGGGAGCUACCUGUGCUCAUUGCUCUGGACCAUGGCGCCGCCUCAUCGACAAGAAGUUCUUGCCAUUUUCUCAACGGAGAGAAAGGCUGGCCUCAAUUCUGUCGACGACUCCAAAUGGGCGGAAGUAAAGCAUAUCAAUUGCUAUGCAACAUUUAUGGGGUACUUGUGGAUGGCAAUGAGAGGGGUGAGCGUCCUAGUGGUUACGUGGACCACCGUCGUCCUUCUUGGUGGUUUCGUGUCUAUGUUAAAUACCAAGGACUUUUGGUUUCUCACGGUGAUUACCCUCGUACAAACUGCCGGGGUCUUUGAUAUGCAUCUGAGUGAAAAUUUAAUUGCUAUUCCAAGAUUAUGCUUGGGCUUCUUGCAUACCGUGACAAUCACAGUCACACGGGAAGAAUAUAUUAAAGCUCUACUUUGACGGGUGGCGACUCGUCAGGAAUUUAUGGCCAGUGCUGACUUGGUUAUCACUGAUGGGCUGGCGGCCCAUCAGGGGACAGAGCACUUGUAUAUACACAAUGGGCAAUUUAGAUUUCUUAUAUACACAUUGGGCAUACACUUAUAACCAGCUACUACUAACCAUAUGAUACUAUGCAUUGGGGAGAUAGUAUCAUCAGACUAGUUUGACCGGUCUAAUGAUGGUUAGAAGUUCUUCAUUGCAAAAUUAAUAAUCUUAAUUUGCAAAAUAACACUCAUAAAUUAGUAGUUCCACCUAUGCAAAACUUCCUCAUGUGCCACACAUGUUAGCCAAACCCAUCUCAUGGCCAGGUCUGCUUGCCACCGUGGCGUUAUCCUGCCUACCGUUCCGAGUUGGGUGGGUGAUGUAACCAUCCACCAAGUUAACAGACCCAAACGCUUACUAGUUUGCAACAUGAUGCAUCUAGCUAGCUAGAUGCACCCACCCACUUGACAAGUACUCCCUCUGUUGCUAUCUGUAACACUAUAUUGUGGAAUUUUGCUAGAAAACUAACGCGCACUACAAAAGGGAAUGGAUGGAGUAGAUGUAAAGGUGCUUUUUGUUGUUUUGGUGAAGAGUCUAAAUAUUUUCAAGCAUGUGAAAGUUUUAAAUGUUACUAGCAAAUAUGCCCGUGCGUUGCAACGGGAGAAAAAAAAUUCACGCCUCAUACACACACUUGACGACAUCAGCAAAUCCUUGAAAUUUUUCAUGAUGCCACGCAACAAGCAACAUGAUAACUUUUCUAAAAAAAAAUAAGCAACAUGAUAAGUGGUGUUGUGCAAAAACAUAAAGGUGUGAUGAUUUUUGAAGUGUACUGAAGGUGUUUAGAAUUCAUUAUACAACACAAAUAUCUACCUAGUUGCCAAUAUAUGUUUACGCAUUUAUUGUUGUUUCUAUUAGAAUGAAAUAGUAGUAGCAAAGAACAUUCUAGUAUUUAAUGAUAACAUGUGCAUAAGUGUUUUCAUAUACUCCCUUCGUCCACAAUAACUUGUCCCAAGUUUGACCCUCAAAUGGAUGUAUCUAGCACCAAAUUAGUGCUAGGUAUAUCUCUUUGAAGGACAAAUUUUUUCGUACAGAGUGAAUAUACCUAGCGCAUAUAUAUGGGACGCGACGCGAAUGUGUGUGUGUGUGUGUGUGUGUGUGUGCGCGCGCAAUCAUAAUUCAGUUCAAGACUUAAUUUGGUUGCAAACAUAUAGGAAAGCUCCACAAAAAUAACCAAUCUGUAAGAACAUAUGUAAUAGGCAUUUCUAAAAUAUCUCAUCAUACAAAGAAGGUGUUAUUUAAGCUUGCACCCUGAACAUAAUUUCAAAAAUUAAUGAUAAUAGCAUAUUUGAAAUCUACACAUUUUUCUGAUGAAUUUUCAUAUAUGGCAUGUCAGAUUUGAAGUUAGGGUUUCGAAGAUAUGAAAAUUUCAAAAAGUAAUUGAUUUUUUAAAGAAAAAGGGUGGGUGUGGGAAUCGAACCCACGACCUCUAGCGUGGUAGGUCACGGAACCAACCAGUGAGCUGCUUGCAUGGUCGUUGUAUAUGCGGGGAUCUUUCCUUAUUGAGCUAUGGGCGAGCGCGGAAAAAAAAGAAACCAAACAUUCUUCUCACUUACCGUUGGCAUUGGUGGGUAAUUAUUUACAACUUUAGGGGCAGUUUUAAUGAAGGACGACCAGAAACUCUAUUUGCUUUAUCAUUAUAUAUAUAUAUAUAUAUAUAUAUAAUAUAUAAUAUAUAAUAUAUAUAGGUAGAGAUAGAGAUAGAGAGGUAGAGAUAGAGAUAGAGAGGUAGAGAGGUAGAGAUUAUGGGAUGUAUUAUAUGUAGGUGGACAAGUAAGGAGACACGAGAGGGCCUGUAUGCCAUGCCUACCAGCGGCAGUUGGCAGAUGGCCUCUUAUGGUACGAAAUGUGCUUGGUGCUGUCCUAGAGAUCGCUCAAGGAAUUGCGUUCGCCAAUAUAUUGUGCCUGCUAGCAGCUAUCUAUGGGUUUGGAUUGUACAUCACUUCUGCCGGUUGCGUGUGGCGUCUAAAAGAGCGUGAUUAUGGCAGCUCCGAUGGAGACGGAGCAAACAAGAAUCCGGCCCUUUUUGUGCUAUACAUCCUAGGCGUGUUCCAAGGUACCAUCUUGUUUUAUAGAAUAAUUCUGGGUCGUGCAGGGACAAGGAUAGCGAACCAAGUGGCCGAAGAAUACAGAUUUGAGGAUUACUCGCCUGUUUUGGGCUACCUUGACGAGUUAAGGAUUGGAUGCGACAAGGACAGUUCAUUUGCUAGAGGAAGGAACCUCAUCACAUAUGCACUACAGCUGAUGGAGUCCCAUUCACCGGAUGACCUCCUUUCGGGGACAAGGAUCCUGGACACACUCAUCACAUAUGAUGACUCUCCUCAGUCACCCGAGGACCUUCCCAGCACAAGUGUUACCGUAUGGACCGGGUAUGUCAAUGUCAACAUACACACCCCGAGACAGGAGGAGCAAAAAGGCACGCGCAUGCCGAUGGUGAAAGAACGGCUGAUUGGUUCGUCGUCCUCUGGGAAGAUAUUCCAGAAACUGCUCAAGGCGCUCGAUUCCAGGAGCCCAUGCAACGCAGAGAUGCGGAAAAAAGCUGCAAGGAUUGUGUGCAUAUCCGUUUGAAACAGUUCCCUGGAGGGAUCAGAUGCAUAUCUUCCCUGCUGGAUGCCUCUCUGCAUGAGGUGGAUGAAUACAAGCAGCUCAUGCUGCAAGGCUUGUUUAUUAUUGAGAAGCUCGCCACCGACGAGGACAACUGCAGAGUCAUGAGCCACAUAAAUGGUCUAGUUUGCAUGAUCAUGAGGCCUCUAAGCCGCGACCUACUGCACCGUGUUAAUCAUGGUGAAUGGUCCGAUGUUGUAGAUGCAUCACUGCGAUUGACGUGCACCUGGCUCAAUACUGCUACAGGAAAGAGUGGCGAAAAGCUGUGCAGCCAAAUCAUAGUGAACAAGGAAGCAAUCAGCGCCAUGCUGACCAUUCUCGUCUGUGAUAAUUGUCAUAAAGAACGGCUUAUACUAGCCAUGAAGGUUCUUCUCAUCACAAAAAUACAAGGCCAAGAAAAUAUCGUCGUGCAGCUACUAGGCAUCUUUCUUGGUUACAGGAAGGAUGAUUACAUCACAGGAUUGGCUGGUGAAAAGCUUCUCAUGCUCUCCAAAGAGAGCAAAAUCAACGCAAAGACCAUCUUAGAAGGAAAGAUCAUCCUAGAACAAAAUGGCGAUUCUGCUCAGAGGAUUAUCGGAGCAUUAUAUUUUGAGGAAAGGAAUAAAUUCAGAAUAUGUGCAGCAGGGAUCCUGGAGGGUCUAUGUAGUCACUACAUCGUAAGCCAAGAAUUACCGCUCCACGCGGUGGAAAAUGAGCUAUUUGAGAAUCUGAAGAGACGCAUAACCGAUUACAUGCCAGGCUUGCUCUUGAAAAUGCUUCCUGCACAGCGGCAGAGAGCAAGAAAUGUCUCACUGGAUGCUGAUGUAGAAAGGCAAAACACUAGUGUUGUUUCAUCAUUAGAUAAUGCCCAAAAUGGUGUGCAACCCGAGGAUAAGGAACUGCAAGCAGCCUUGCUGUCUCUAUGCUUCACGGCAUACCACAAAAUGAUCGAUAAAGAAGAUGAUUUACCUCCUCUGCUUGACGCAGUUCGCUUGAAAGAUCCUCAGUUUAACUUACCGGAGAGGCUCAUUGAAUUGGUAGAAAGGAACAGCGACUCCACGGUGGUGGACUGCCUCAGAAUCGUGAAAUAUACUGCUAAGAUGGCCAAAUCCAUGAUAAGACACAAGCAUUUCUACUCUGACCAAGACCUUGGUAGAUUGAUGAACUCACUGGACAAAGCUUGCAGAGACAUGAGCCAUGUUGACGCCUUUGAGCAUUUAUCUGGAGGCGAUGAUGCUGAUACUCUCAGUACCCUCGUGCAAGAAGCACGUAAACUGUUUCAUCCAAUGGAACAAAGACAGAAACCUGAGGUUUCAAUCAAGGGAAAAGAAUAUGAAAUUACUGAGCAGGGGCAGUCCUCAUCAGGUUCAAGCGAUAGUGAUAUUCUCGGUUACCUGCGUGUACUGUUUCGUCAACCGGAAGAAGAACAGCAACCUGAGGUUUCAAGUAAGGAAAAAAUAGUCUGAAAUCAUGGAGCCCAGCCAUCAAGGACAUCUAUUUUUUGAGCAUGGGCAGUCCUCAUCAAGUUAAGACUUGUUACUCCUCGGCCUAUUAUGCAUUAUGCAUGAUCUGUUAUUUCUCAAACCUUCGCUGGGAGUUUGUGUGUGUAAUGCGACCGGCAAUGGCAUUCUGUUUUUGUAAUUGCGAUAGAGUGAAUAACGAACAGAAGAUCCGUCCUCGAUGAUGUCAGUUGUA